GAUGCACGCGACUGUUUUUGGGCGACAGUUCAACUCGGUUGUCCAUAAAGAUUAUAUCUUUGACAAGUAAGGGCCGGGGAUUUGGUUUACCUCUGGAAAUUUCUGGAGAGAACCAGUGGUUUGGAGACGUAUCCAUAUCAAGACCGAUGAAAGAUAUAACCUUAAAGGAAAUUGGAAUUUACAAUCACUAUAUGGGUUUCGAGAGUGUUCUCAUUCCUUCGAUGACAUCCAUGCUGCCACCCAAAGCCAGCAUUGAGAGACUGACCGAAGAUUUCAUUGUCGGCCUGGAAAAGAACUAUCCAUCCACUGUGAGCACCGUUGUAAGAACAGGAUCUAAACUGUCACUUCAAAAUUCCGUUAAUACAGAGGAUCGUUGUGCGGUGUGUCUAAUGCCGCGUCAAAAAGGAAAUAGGAAUUGGAAGAACAGGAUAACUGUGAUGAAGAUUCCAUCAUUAUCCAUCACCACAAAAAUUUCUCAAGGUCAGAAAA